CUAAAAAUGUCCAACAAAACUACAAUUUUCUUUAUUUUUACAAUCUGUCUUUUAGUAAAUCAAAUUGUGUCUGAGCCAAGUCUUGCUCAAUGCUGUAAUGGUUGUACUAAGAACAAUAAUAAAAAUUGCGUUUAUAAGAAUGCAUGUAGUUGUAUUUCAAAGUAUUAUGACCCGGCCUAUGCCCAACAAUGCACGAAAGAUAAAAAAACAGUUAAGUCUUAUGUAUCAGCCGGGUGCAAACAUGUUUAAAGGAUGCAAGAAACGAAUAUUUCAGAAAAAACUGAAAAUA